AUGGCGUUCCCGGACCCGAACGAGGACGAGCUCCAGACCAGCGCCCACCGGUCCCGCGCACACAAUCGCAAUCGCUCCAGCGUGGAUGGAACCAAAUAUCGAGAUGGCCAGUGGUCGUCGGAAAACAACCAGAUCCUCCUCGGACCAUACGACUAUAUGCUCCAGCACCCCGGCAAGGAUAUUCGGCGCCAGUUCAUCAAUGCCUUCAAUGUCUGGUUGAAGGUCCCUCCGGAGAGCCUGACCAUCAUCACCAAGGUGGUGGCCAUGCUUCACACGGCUUCACUGCUGAUCGACGAUGUCGAGGAUAACUCGGUUCUUCGGCGCGGAAUCCCAGUCGCCCAUAACAUCUACGGCACAGCGCAGACCAUCAACUCAGCCAACUAUGUGUACUUCCUCGCCCUCCAGGAAGUCCAAAAGCUAAAUAACCCGACGGCGAUCGACAUCUAUGUGCAGGAGUUACUGAACCUGCACCGCGGUCAAGGCAUGGACCUUUUCUGGCGGGAUACGCUCACCUGCCCCAGCGAGGAGGAGUACCUGGAGAUGGUGGGGAACAAAACCGGAGGACUGUUCCGGCUCGCCGUCAAGCUGAUGCAGGCCGAAAGCGGCACGGACAAGGACUGCGUGAGCCUGGUCAACGUGAUGGGGUUGAUCUUCCAGAUCUGCGACGAUUACCUGAACCUGUCCAGCACCACCUACACGAAGAACAAGGGCCUCUGCGAAGACCUCACGGAGGGCAAGUUCUCGUUCCCCAUCAUCCACAGCAUCCGCUCCAACCCCGGCAAUCACCAGCUCAUCAGCAUCCUCAAGCAGAAGACCAAGGACGAGGAGGUCAAGCUGUACGCCGUCAGUCACAUGGAAAGCACCGGCAGCUUUGCGCACACGCAGGGCGUCGUCCGCGAACUGCGAGAGAAGGCGCUGGCGCUGAUCGACGAAAUUGACGGCGAGCAGCCCGAUGGCCGCGACGAGGGCGCUAUGGUCCGGGCCAUCCUUAACAAGAUCACCGAAUCGACUCUGGGAGAGCGAUAG